AUGGAUGAUUCUAGGCAGCAAGCACUGUUCUUCACCACACUCCCAGAUUUACAGAAACUCUGUGCUGUCAGGAUAGUAUUGAUUAAGGGGGUGGCAGAUACAGAGAUUAGGAGUACACAGGUGAAGAUAUGCAGGCAAUUGCUGUUUUUGCACCAAGAUAUUCUUACAUCACCUGUACCUGGAAUAUUUACCCAAAUUUGGGUGGUGAUGGCGAUACCAUUUUAUCAAGCUGGAAAACUUAAUGCCUGUAUUGAAAAAUAUGGAGCUAAGGUGGAAACUCCACAACGGGUAAUUCCUGUAAUUCUUCAAAACUGCCUUUCAUAUUCACUCAUGGCUAGACUUUCUCCAGCCUGGAAUAAAACUGGCCAUCUCUUGGUGCAAGGAAGAGAGUUUCUUUCUCAGAUGGGAAAGCAAAGAGCUGUUGUAUUAGGCAUCAAUGUAACAGAAACUCAAGUUUGUCUAAGUAUAGAAGCUUACACAAUCAGACUGCCACCACCUCAGCUGAGAGAAUUUGGUAUUUCUCAGAAUAUUAUAAAGGAUUUUGAAACUAACAGGAAUGCUGUUAUUGAGGGACAUUUGAUUUUAAACAACUGGUGCUACGUUUUGCCAAGUAUGAAAAUGGGACAAAUAGUAAAUAUUCUUCACACCAUACCCCCUGACUGUCCUUUUCACUCAUAUGAAGAUUUCCGGAAGCACUGGGAAGACCUGUAUGGCUAUAAACUUCCAGUAGAUUGUGGAACUACCAAAAUAUACUGCAGCAUCUACUUCAAAAUGAUAGGAGAAAGGAUCUUCACAUACCCUCUCAGUUGCAUCAGAAGUCAGCCCAUACAAUUUUUUCCAAGGGUAGAUGUGGAAGGUGUUUUGAAAAGUUUUCUUUCAGAUUUAAAAUCUAAACUGCCCCAUAUAUGUGGAUUUCCCAUAAAGAUGACAACUAAACCAUGCUACCACACACAAGAACUAACUAAACUGCAUCUGCAGGAAAACAAAGUCAGGCCGCCCAAUCUAACCACUAAACAAAAGUUCAGGUCCUCUCUGGCUCAGGCACCUUCCAUAAGAUCCGCCCCAGCUCAAAGUCUUCGACAGUGUUCAGUAGCCAUGCACCACAAGGUGGAGCUUUCGGUCAGCCAGCCAAAGCCCUGCGUGUCCUCAGCUUUGCACCUCCAGGGAGAAUCUGUUCAAAGCAGAAAGAAAUCCCUGUCUGAUAAGGCAGCACAAGUACAUUUGGAAGUACCAAAGCUCAACAGAGGAAAUACUCCAAUGCAAGACAUAAAUGUUGGCUCCCGACAUAAUAUUGCUCCUAAAUUCAUACCAGUUUUCAAAAAUCAACCAAUACAAAUGAACAAAAAUAUCUUAAAACCCGAGAACCUGAAAAGAAAACAGCAUAUUGUUAUAGAACCUAAGUUGUUUUCACUCAAAACUAGUGUGAUCCAGGAUGACAAACUGAAUUUAGAUCCAGUUAUAAAAAAAAGAUGUAAUCGCAGCAUUCAGAUGACUGCUAGAAAUGUAAAUCCAAAGACUUCUAGAUCUCUGCAAGAAAAAAACACUGAGUCCUAUGAAAACACUGAGUCCUAUGCUUCUAGUGUAAAAUCAUUGCCUGUGAGUUUAAAUGAAAGUAAACAACUAUCUAAUAGUUCAGUAUUUCAGGUGUCAAAUAAUAAUUUAGGUGUAAUAAAAAGUGCUGUUGACUUCCAAGCAACUGGAAAAGAAAAUUUGACAAGCAAAUAUAAAACACAAAUCUUAAGGAAAGGCCACAAUUCACUAAAAGUGAAAAGGCAACCAUACAUUUUUGAAUCAGACACAGAAACAGAAGAUCCCCAACUGCUACAUCAACAAGCAGUUGAUGAUGUAAGUAACCACCAAUUAAUAGUAAGCAGAAUACCCCACAGGUCUAAAAGAGAAUUAUGUCAGGAAUCUUCAAAAACUCCAAAGAGGCCUCAUUCUACUACUAUCCGUCAUGGACAAUCCAAUUCUAGGAACCAGAUACGUAACUUGGACAAAUCAAAACCUAAGAAAUCUCUCAUCAUUUCUAAAGCUUAG